UCAGUUAUGCGACAAUAUUUUACAGGAUUUAUUGCACACAUGUCUGUCAAAGUGUCGAAGUGUGGCCGAGAGACGGAAAUGCGUCACAGGCUCAUGUCAUGUGACCGCUCCGGUGGAGUGGGAGGAGCCUCGCGGCUGUUCGCUUCAGUGUUAUAGCGCCUGCGCCUACCGGCUUAAUCCACGAGUAGACUCCCCGGCACCACCGGCUCCAGUAACCUCGCUUCACAACCAUGAAAAUCUGGACGUCAGAGCACAUAUUCCACCAUCCUUGGGAGACGGUGACAAAGGCCGCCAUGCAGAAGUACCCAAACCCCAUGAAUACCAGUGUGAUCGGAGUGGACGUUUUGGACAGGGACAUUGACAAACAGGGUCGCCUCCACAGUAAAAGACUGCUCAGCACAGAGUGGGGCCUUCCAUCUAUAGUGAAAUCAAUCAUUGGUAACUCACGAACAUGCACAUAUAUCCAGGAGCACUCGGUUGUGGAUCCCAAAGAGAAAUCUUUUGAACUUCAGUCCACAAACAUCACUUUCACCAACAUGAUAUCUGUGGAUGAGAAGCUAACGUACAAACCGCACCCUGAGGAUGCAGAAAAAACAAUACUGACACAGGAGGCUAUCAUCUCUGUGAAAGGCGUCAGCCUGAGCAGUUACUUGGAGGGAGUUAUGGCCAGCACCAUCUCUGCUAAUGCAGGAAAGGGCCGUGAAGCCAUGGAGUGGGUGAUCAGGCGACUGAAUGCAGAAAUAGAGGAGCUGGCGGCCACAGCGCGUGGGACCAUUCGCACCCCGCUGGCUGCCGCAGUCACUGAGAAAUGACACCUGCCUCUAUUGUUUGACAUUGUCGGACAAGAAACUGCAUGCCUGUACAAACCAGGCCUCCCUUUGUGAUGCUUUGGUGCCCAAUUGGUGCUCUGGGUUUUUAGUAUUAUUUGAUUCCUCCAUCACCCAUACUUUACUAUCUUCACUCGAUAUAUGUUAAACAGCUAGCUGCACCACGAAGGGAUAUUCAUGAGUAAUUUUCAUGAGUUGCUGCGUGGCCGGUUGCCGCAGUGAUGAGAGACUUGGGAAGGAAAUGUGGGUGGUGCACUCAGGGAUACGUUUAAAACAACAUUACUAUCCGUGUGAUUGGAAACGUGUAGCGUUGAAAAGUGCCAAAGGAGACACACCGCUUCUUGUGUUCCUAUCUUCCAUAAGACCUCAGAAGGCCAGGCAGUCACGCCUCUGGCUCGAACUCUUUUGUUUACAACGACAGAGUUAAAUGAACACACAACAACUGAUGGCGAGGAAUUCUCUCAGUAAGAUACGAUGGCCGAAAAACAAUGCUGCGUCAAGGCAGGUUUCAAGUGCGAUGCAUUUCAAGGGUACAUUCAGGAGUCAGAGUUAACAGUGUUUCACACGCAGCCAUUGACCAAGAGACGUUAAUGAAAUGUUUCACCGUCAGGUUAUUUUUGUUUAUCUCUUCAACAGUGUUUUCUUGUGGGACCUCAGUAAUGACAAAGACAAUGUACCAGCCAGAAUAUAAACUGUAUUUUGUUAUGUGAUAACUAAUAUUGUUAUUAAGGUAUUUAAGUGGAAUGAAGGGAUCAAGGAACUUGCCAUAUUUAUUUUUUUCGUGACUUUUAGUAGAAAACCUUCUUAAAUGCUGCCGUACAAACAAGCCUAACUGUAAAAGCUUGUUUUACUGAAACAUAAACUGUAUGUUAAUUGUAACUGAGUUCUCGCAGCACGUCCUUUCAGUGUAAAAGGCCGAGACCUUUGCCAUUGCUCUUAUUUGCACUUACAAAAUAACAAAUUUCAACAAAGAAAGGCUGCUACACAUGCUGAGGGAGCUGAUAGUUUGUGAAAUGUGUGGUAUGAAAGAUUACAUGUGGUUACACUGUUCAUUUGAGAAGAUCUCUCUUCAUAUAACAAAUAGCAGUGUGGUGAAGGUCAACGCUUUUGUUUCAUUCAUGUGAAUAUAUAAAGAAUAUAUUUUACCUGUGACAGGAAUAUUUAUUUGGGGAGGAGUUGUUGUUUUGUUUUUGUUUUCUGUUUUCUGUUUUUUUUGAAGGAAUGAUUUGUGUUUUGGAUUGACCACUAGGAAAUGUGAUAUCACAUGCUUUUGUUAGAAAUUUUAACUUAAACAUCUUGUCUGGGUGCCUCUUAAAAAAGAGGUUCUCACCAUUUGCAGAAUGUGGCAGUAAAAUAAAAAUACAUUCGAUUUUUGGCAGUAUCAAAUUAUGUAAAAAAUGAAUGCCGAAUGUGUUCUAGAAAUUAAAUUCUUUAUUUUUUUAACUUGCGUCCAAUAUAAGUUUGCAAAAUUCAACCUGGAGUGGAUAUUCAUUCGGAUUAGUAGUUGUUUUAUUUUUCUAGUAGCAGUGGCCGUUGUGAAAAUAUCCAGUGCAUAUGAUUCUGCCAAAAUAGCGGCUUGAUGGCCUUUGUGAGGUUUUGUCAAGAGAUGCUCUCUGAAUAUAUGCAUUCCAAAAAUCACUGUUAUCUAAAGGGUAUGAAAGUACAGGUUUCUUUUAUAUCGUCUGAGUCUAAACACUGAAGCUGUUACUCUUCAUACUGUAUUAACACCCAGGUGUGGGCCAGUACAACAGCCUUCUUCUAGCACUGGUCUCUUGGUCGGAUUCUUUGAUGUUGCAUGUGGGAAAUGGAAGCUCCACAGGCUGCCAUGCUGUGGCCAAAUGUUAGACUUCCAAUUUCAUCUUUGCAAAUCAUGUUAAAAAGAGUCCCUGCAAUGUCAUCAAGGUAGUGAAUGACAAGUCUUACCUUGGUAAAGGUUAGGGCCAAAGUUGAUAAAAUGUUAUUGUUUUUAAUUUACUGUCUGGAAAAAAUGUGUUUAAAUAAUGGUUAAAAUAAAGUUGUUAAAGUUA